AUGGCCCAGAUCAGGCUCCAGUCGCCGUCUGUGGACAACCAAGAUAGCUUCCUUCAUGUGGUGCAGGUGAUCUUUGACCGGGAGUUUGUUCACAAUGUUCCCAAGGGACCACUCAAGGGACUGGCAGAGGAGAUAGCCAUAGUGUCGACUGCUGUACAGAGGGGCUAUGCAGUGGUCAGUGUGGGGCCACAUCUGUCAGGGGCCUCUGACAGGUGCUGGACAAAGACUUGGCCACCAGAGGCAAGCAUAGAGAUCCCUGAGUUGAAGAGGGCCAUCCGGCAUGUCUUGGAGGAGCAAAAGUGGUGGGGGCUGCCUCGAUACCUGCUGGGAUCAUCUGCGGGCGGAGCGGCAGCUCUGCUGUUUGCUACUCGGUUCCCUGUGCAGGCAGUGGCGAGCUUAGUGAUGGGUUUUAGGCCGGAUGAACUCUUUGAAGAGAAGCAGCUUGUCAGCCGGAAUGUUGACCAGCCAGGAGGCAACGCCUCAUGGCCUUUUCCUCCAGUAUUUUUUCUGGAGGCCAGGAAUGACCAGGACAUCUACAAGGAGCGCAUACACAGGAGCAUUUACUUCCUCAAGCAGCAGGGAUUGCAUGCGGAACAUGUCAUGAUGGAGCCCUAUGCCCUGACACCUGCCACGUUUAGCGAACGGGUCCCUGACAUCACUUUUGCCUUGUCAAGCACUCUGUAUGAGGAGUUGCAAGCAGCCGGCAUUGUCAAUGCAACCGGGUUCACCAUGUACCCACAUGACCUGGAAGACAGAGCAAGGCAGGAUGACAUGAGGGAAACCUUGUUUGGAAUCUUAGUGAAGCACUUUACAAGCAAGCUGGGGAAGACGGGGCCCCUGCAUGAUGGCUACAUGCGGGUCUUCAUUGAGAUGUUUUAUGCGUCUCAAGCGAGUGAGCUCCCAUCCUCAUACUGA